AGAAAGCACCACGCUAUGAUAAAACUUAAGUCGGUGGUUUUCCUUAUUUUACUUGCUUUUGAAAUCGGAUGCACAGAAUUUUGUUUGAAAAAUGAUAUUCAUGCAUUAAUUUUAGCUAGAGGUGGAAGCAAAGGCAUCAAUCUUAAGAACCUUGCUGAAGUUGGCGGUUUGUCCCUAUUGGCCCGCACAAUUAUAACAAUUAAAAAUUCUUCUUGCUUUAAACACAUUUGGGUUUCCACAGACGACAAAAGAAUUGCCUUUGAAGCGCAAAAGUAUGGUGCCAUUGUACAUCGUCGUCCUGAGAAAUUCGCUAGAGACGAUACUCCUUCGUUACAUGCAAUUGAGGAAUUCCUAGAUGUGCAUACGAGUAUCCAAGACUUUGCCUUGUUUCAAUGCACAUCUGUGUUUUUAAAAACUAAUUAUAUUCAAGAAGCUGUUAAAAAAUUUGAGACCCAUGACUGUGUAUUUGCAGCUAAGAGAUCACAUUACUUAAGAUGGAAAGUGGUUGAUGAUGAGUUGAUUCCAGCUGAGUUCGAUUUAAAUGCCAGACCAAGACGUCAGGACUGGGAUGGGGAUAUAGUGGAAACAGGAAUGUUUUAUUUCUCACGACGGAGGCUGGUAAAGAGUGGGUUGUUGCAAAACAACAGGUGCUCAAUUGUGGAAAUCGAUGUCAAAGACGGUUUAGAAAUAGACACAAGCCACGACCUUACAUUAGCCAAAUAUAUUUUAAGCAGUGAAACAAAGACCGAUUUAUAAACAUUAGAAUGCAUAUUAUGUUGAAUGGUGAAGAGCUAUAUCCUUAAAAUAU